UGAACAGUAAAUCAACACAUUCGGAUAUAAUAGCAGACUUGUUAGCAGUUUAUCAUUUAUAGUCGUUAGUUGUAAAAAAUAAUAUGGUAUAUCUACUCUUACAUCGAUGAGAAGUAACGUUAUCUUUAAGAAUAUUUUGUAUUUAAGUAGCUUGGUAGAAGAGCUUUAUUUUGAAAGUAACAUUGGUGUAAGUUAAUAUUAAGUAGACUGUAAGAGGAGGAGUCAUUAUCUUCAGCCACACCUAUUCUUCCAUAAAAACUCAAUUUUCAAGUUAACGUUUACUUCAGUCAGUUCAGCCGGUUAUACAGGCUCACCAUCGAUUGAUUCAUCUUCUUUAAGUGAACCCUCUGAUAAUGGCUCCAUCUCCAAAAUGCCAAGGAAAAGCAUGUCCUGCUCCUGGACCAGUGCCGGAUGGUCUUAUUCGCCUCUACAGCAUGAGAUUUUGUCCAUUUGCUCAGAGAACAAGACUGGUGCUCACUGCCAAGGGAGUUAAACAUGAAAUUAUCAACAUCAAUUUGAAGGAUAAGCCUGAUUGGUUUCUUGAGAAGAAUCCUUCAGGGACGGUGCCAGUAUUGGAAACCUCAAGUGGUCAGGUGAUCUACGAGUCACCAAUCACCUGCGAGUACCUGGAUGAGGCCUACCCUGAGAAGAAACUGCUCCCAUCUGACCCGUUUGAGCGGGCCCAACAGAGAAUGCUGCUGGAGAUUUAUUCAAAGGUGAUUCCAUACUUCUACAAGAUCUCUAUGGGCAAGAAGAGAGGAGAGGACGUCUCAGCGGCUGAAGUAGAAUUUACAGAUAAAGUCUCCCAACUAAACGAGUAUCUGGCGAAAAAGAAGACUAAAUACUUUGGCGGCGCUUCAAUCACAAUGAUAGACUACUUGAUCUGGCCAUGGUUUGAGAGGGCAGAGAUGAUGGGUGUAAAGCAUUGUUUGGCCAACACUCCUGAGUUAAGGAAGUGGAUUGAAUGCAUGUUCGAGGAUCCAGUGGUCAAAGCCACCAUGUUUAAAACAGAGGAUCACAAAGUGUUCUUCAACACCUACAUGGACGGAAAGCCUAAUUAUGAUCAUGGUUUAUAGAGUAAAACAGGAUAUCUGUUCAUCUGUGUGGAAUUUUUUUUAACAUAACUUUUCUUACUCUGUAUUUUUAUACUACAAUUAUAGCCAAUUGUGCUUUUAAGCCUCAGAUUAGAUCCCAGAAGGCCAUGUAAAAAUGGCUACUUUGGGUAUAUUACCAUGUCUGUCAUUCAUACAAGAAUAUAAAUAAACCAAACGUACAAAGUAUAAACAUUAUAUUUUUUUGCAAA